AUGUCUCUCCUCCGCGCAGCCUCUUCUUCCCUCGCCGGCCGCCCGGCACCGGUGUCUCUCCGCAACGCCCUUGCCACCGCACCCCGUACCUUCUCGACCAGCACAGCAGCAUUGGCCCACAAGGAGGUCAAGUUCUCAAACGAUGGACGGCAAGCCAUGCUCGCCGGUGUCAACCUCCUGGCCAACGCCGUGUCAGUGACACUGGGUCCAAAGGGAAGGAACGUUAUCAUUGAACAGGCCUACGGCGGACCCAAGAUCACAAAGGACGGUGUGACAGUGGCCAAGGCCAUUACCCUCAAGGACAAGUUUGAGAAUCUUGGAGCUCGCCUGGUCCAAGAUGUGGCCAACAAGUCCAACGAAGUGGCCGGUGACGGAACCACAACCGCCACCGUUCUCGCCCGAGCCAUCUUUGCAGAGGGAGUCAAGAACGUCGCUGCCGGCUGCAACCCUAUGGACCUGCGAAGGGGUACUCAGGCUGCCGCUGAGGCCGUCAUCUCUUUCCUCGAGGCCAACAAGAAGGCUGUGACCACUUCUGAGGAGAUCGCUCAGGUUGCUACCAUCUCUGCCAACAGCGACAAGCACGUUGGUGACCUCAUUGCCACGGCUAUGGAGAAGGUCGGCAAGGAGGGAGUCAUCACCGUCAAGGAGGGCCGAACUCUCGAAGACGAGAUCGAGAUCACCGAGGGUAUGCGCUUUGACCGAGGUUACAUCUCCCCUUACUUCAUCACCGAUGUCAAGACCCAGAAGUGCGAGUUCGAGAAGCCUCUGAUCCUCCUCGCUGAGAAGAAGAUCUCGGCUCUGCAGGACAUUCUGCCCUCCAUGGAGGCCGCAGCUUCCUCUCGCCGCCCUCUGCUCAUCAUUGCUGAGGACAUCGACGGAGAGGCUCUCGCAGCCUGCAUUCUGAACAAGCUGCGAGGACAGCUCCAGGUCUGUGCCGUCAAGGCUCCUGGCUUCGGCGACAACCGCAAGAGCAUCUUGGGCGACCUGGGUAUCCUGACCGGUGGUCAGGUCUUCUCUGACGAGCUUGAGACCAAGCUGGAGCAGGCCACUCCUGAGCUGCUCGGCAGCACUGGGUCCGUGACUAUUACCAAGGAGGACACCAUCUUCCUCAAUGGCGAGGGUGACAAGGAUGCUCUGCAGGCCCGAUGCGAGCAGAUCCGAUCCGCCGUCAACGACCCUACCACCUCGGAGUACGACCGAACCAAGCUGCAGGAGCGUCUGGCGAAGCUGUCCGGUGGUGUCGCUGUGAUCAAGGUCGGAGGUAGCUCGGAAGUCGAAGUCGGUGAGAAGAAGGACCGCUACGAUGACGCCCUGUGCGCUACUCGGGCCGCCGUCGAGGAGGGUAUUGUGCCAGGUGGUGGAGUUGCCCUGCUCAAGGCCACUCAGGCCCUGGACGCAGUCAAGGUUGCCAACUUUGACCAACAAUUGGGUGUCUCGAUCCUCCGAGCCGCUCUUACACGCCCUUGCCGCACAAUCGUCGAGAACGCCGGAGAGGAAGGCUCCGUGGUGGUUGGCCGCCUGCUGGAGAACCCAGGAGACUUUGCCUACGGCUACGAUGCCAGUGUGGGCCGAUACACGGACAUGAUCGAGGCUGGCAUCCUGGACCCUCUGAAGGUGGUGAGGUCCUCGCUGACCUCUGCCAUCUCGGUGUCGUCGCUGCUGACCACUUCGGAAGCAUGUGUGGUGGACGCACCUGAAGAGAAGGGCCCACCAGGUGGUGGUGGAAUGGGCGGUAUGGGCGGCAUGGGUGGAAUGGGAGGUAUGAUGUAAGAAGGUGGUAGGGAAAAGGAAAGGAAGCAUCGAGGUCGCCAUUUAUCGUGUCCCCACUCCACUCCAUCCUUUGUCAUGAAAGAAAACGAUUGUACUAGCAUUCUCAGCCUUGCGGAGGGGGAAGAGGGUCCGAGGAAG